CUUGUCAAUUGAAUUAUUACAUAACCUUGUCCCCCCCAUAUGACCAUCUGCAUCUGCCAACCCUAAACCUCUCUCCCAUCAACUAUUGACAUCGAACCGCCAUGACGUCAGCAUUCACCAGCAACAACACAGCCCUAACGCAGACCUUCAACUACCAAAACGCAACACAUAGCUACACAAUCAAAUGGCGCUCACUCGGCAACCCAGCCUCCCCUCCACUCAUCUUCAUCCACGGAACACCCUGGUCAUCUCUCGUCUGGACUCCAUUUGCGCUCUCCCUCUCUCGCCACUUCCACGUCUAUCUCUUCGACAACCCUGGCUUCGGCGAGUCGCCGCUCGAAAUACCUCUCCCUGGCACCACCACCAGUUCUGAACCUAGUAAUAGUAGAAGCAGUAAAAUAACCCAACUCGAUGCCGACCUAGCCCGCCAAUCCCAGGUUUUCGCCGCCCUCUUCCACUACUGGCAAGCCAGCGACACCUGGGCUCAAAGCCCGCACAUUAUCGCGCAUGACCACGGCGGGCUGAUGAGUCUGCGCGCGCAUUUACUGCACAACUGCCACUACGCGAGCCUAUGUCUGCUCAACGUCGUCGCAAUUGGACCAUUCGGACAGCCGCUCUUCAAAGCCGUUGCCGACAACCCCGAACAGUUUUCACAACUCCCUGACAUAGCGAUAGACGGGAUCUUAGAGAGUUAUAUACGCAAUGCCUCGUUUUACGAGCUAUCAAAGCAGGACAUGCAGAUGCUCAAAGAGCCGUGGUUGAGGGAAGGCGGGAAGGAAGGCUUUAUUCGGCAGCUAUGUCAGGCAAAUUAUAGGAAUACAGAUGCAGUGGAGGGAAGGUAUGCGGAGGUAGGCACGAAGUUGCCGGUGAAGAUUGUUUGGGGUAAGCAGGAUAAUUGGAUUCCUGUGGAGACUGCGUAUAGGUUGGGAGAAGCGUUGAGGGCGAAAGAGGUGGCUGUGGUAGAGAAUGCUGGGCAUCUUGUUAUGUUUGAUCAGCCGGGGCAGAUUGGUGUUGAACUGGGGAGGUGGUUGGGUGCUGUUUAAAAGAGGGUUGUAUUUUAGUUCGUCGUACGUUCAAUGUAGAGUAAGAUAGAAAACAAUGUA